GAGCUGCAAGAGCGAGGCCUGCUGAAGGACGGGCUCCCCCUGGUGGUGAGGAGGAUGGUGGAGCAUCUUCGCAGUCAUGGACUGAACCAGGAGGGGUUGUUCCGCGUAAACGGGAACGCGCGGGCGGUGCAGAGCCUGAAGGAGCGGCUGGAGUGUGCGGAGGACGUGGACCUCGUGUCGGAGUCUGAUGUUUCUACUGUGGCCAGUCUCCUAAAGCUGUACCUCAGAGAGCUGCCCCAGGCCCUCAUAAGCCCCACGGUUCAACAGGCUCUACUACAGCACUACCAGGAUUUUGGAGACGGUGGCUCUUGUUCAGACAUAAGAGAGCUGCUCCUGAGUCUUCCGGACGUUCACCUGAGUCUCCUCCGAUACCUGUGCCACUUCCUGACUCAGGUGGAGCUCAAACACAAAGAAAACCGCAUGAACGCUCACAACCUGGCCACAGUGUUUGGACCGAGCAUCUUCCAUGUUACUGCUGGUUUCGAAGCGAUGAAGGAGCAGACCGUAUGCAACAAAAUCAUGGUCCGACUCAUUCAGAACUACAACAACAUCUUUGAAGCACAGCCGGACCCUGAACUCUGCAUGGACCUCUACCCGUCCCUCAUCAUUGUCAAGGAGGCACAGUCAAUAGAUGUGGACACGGGGCAGUUAUGGAGUUCUCCUUUAAAAACUCCACAACCAGCUCCCAGGAUAAAGGCUGGAGCGAUCACCCCAGUUUCAAAUGCAGAAUCACUGGACCAGCUCAAUGCAGACGCUCCAAAACCAAGGCCUAGAAAACUCAAGGUGAGGAGAAGUACGAGGAGUGACACAGCAACAAGAGCUCAGGUUCCGUCUAAGCCCGGUCCGUCCGCCGGGGAGUCCCACGCGAGGCCUCUGUCCAGACCGGCUGCCCUGACGACCUCCAGAAGUCCGGAGACGGGAGUUGCAGAGUUGAGAUCACAGCGGGGUAUCGCGCCAGAUGUCUUCAGUGUAGACACCAGCUCGUCUCACAGCAUGGACAGUACGAGGAGCUCCCAAGAAGACGACGCUGAUGAUGACAAAGAGAGACCGAUAUCGCCGUUCUACAGAAGUCACCUCCUCUCGCCAAGACACCGCUCACCAGAUGUGGUAGAUUAUUUAGAAAGAACAAUCCGGUCAACAGUGGAGCAGCACCUCUUUGGUAUUAACCCCCUGAGGGAUCAAAGGUCAGAGGACUGUGACUCAAACCCGGGUCCCAGGAGUCCAGCAGGAGCUCCAACCGCCAGAGAGAGGAGACGAAACCGGAGACAGCACGACGCUGACAGCCCGAGGCACAGAGACAAGAGCAGCAGAGAUACAUCCGCUCGGACACACACCAAUAAGGAGAAUAUCCAGUGGAGCGACCGGGGCAGAGGUGGUGCUGAAGUGGUGGAGGAGACAGACCAGAGGAGCCUCCUGGAGCAGUCAUCCAAGAAGUGGAGACACAGCCCAACUCUAGUGCGGCUAAGUGACAAGCACAACGCCCACGCGGAGACCUAUGAGAGAUCUGAAGCGACCUACAUGGAGAUUCAAAACUGGAAUGAUACGACACUAGAAACGGCUUCUUCCUCAGUGAUCAUUGUGCAAUUAAACAUCUGA